CAUCGAGAACGAGAGGUCUUGUCCUUGGUCAGUCUACUGCUGCUGUGUACAAACUACACGACCUCUCCCCACCGGAGUGAGCGUUUUUUAUGAGCGAAAUUGGAAAUCUCAAUCCCCAAACCCAAGAAUCACGCCCCUCGAUGGCGGCGCCGGUGGACCAACAACCCACCACUCUCCGGAACGCCUUCGGGAAUGUCUUCUCCUUCUUCAUUCUGCUGCUCAUCGGCGUUAUUGCUUUCUCGAUCCGUCUUUUCUCUGUGAUUAAGUACGAGAGCGUCAUUCAUGAAUUCGAUCCUUAUUUCAACUACAGAGUGACACAGUUUCUCACGAAAAGUGGAGUGUAUGAUUUCUGGAAUUGGUUUGAUGAUAGAACAUGGUAUCCUCUUGGACGUGUGAUUGGUGGAACUGUUUAUCCAGGACUUACUUUGACUGCUGGUACUAUUUGGAGGGUUUUACACGCCCUAAAUAUUCCUCUAUCUGUGGAAACUGUCUGUGUGUUUACAGCUCCUAUAUUUUCAGCUUUUGCUUCUUGGGCAACAUAUCUUCUGACAAAGGAAAUCAAAGGUGCUGGUGCUGGGUUGACUGCUGCUGCUCUUUUAGCCAUGGUCCCUUCAUAUAUUUCUCGAUCUGUGGCUGGCAGCUAUGAUAAUGAAGCUGUUGCUAUUUUUGCAUUGAUCUUCACAUUCUAUCUUUAUGUAAAGACAGUGAACACUGGAUCCCUUUUCUAUGCUACUCUAAAUGCUAUAGCAUACUUUUACAUGGUUUGCUCCUGGGGAGGGUAUACGUUUAUAAUAAAUCUCAUUCCAAUGCAUGUUCUGCUAUGCAUUGUAACUGGUCGCUAUUCUCCACGCCUAUACAUUGCUUAUGCUCCAUUUGUCAUUUUGGGAACAUUGUUAGCAGCUUUAGUGCCUGUUGUAGGUUUUAAUGCUCUCAUGACAUCAGAACAUUUUGCCUCAUUUCUGGUCUUCAUCAUUUUACAUGUUGUGGCUCUUGUUUAUUAUAUCAAAGGAAUUCUCUCACCCCAAAUGUUUAAAGUAGCAGUCACUCUUGUUGUUUCGGUUGGGCUGAUCAUUUGCUUUGCUGUCUUGGCUGUGCUAGUAGCCUUGGUAGCCUCAAGUCCAACAAAAGGAUGGAGCGGACGAAGUCUGAGCCUUCUAGAUCCAACUUAUGCUAGCAAAUAUAUACCAAUUAUUGCAAGUGUCAGUGAGCAUCAACCUCCUACAUGGCCAUCCUACUUCAUGGAUAUUAAUGUUUUGGCAUUUUUGGUUCCAGCUGGCAUUAUUGCUUGCUUUUUGCCGCUGUCUGAUGCAAGCGCAUUUGCAGUCCUUUAUAUUGUUACGUCUGUAUAUUUUUCUGGUGUCAUGGUGCGCCUAAUGCUUGUACUUGCACCUGCGGCUUGUAUAAUGUCUGGGAUUGCUCUUUCACAAGCCUUUGAUGUUUUUACUAGAUCAGUGAAAUUUCAAUUGUUUGGUAAAACAGAAAAGCCCCAGAUUAAUGCAGGGGAUACCAGUAGUGUUACACAAAAUGAGGUUGUGAAGCCUGAGAAAAGUGAGGAGACAGUAAAGGAGCGACCUUCUAGAAAAAGUAGGAAAAAGGAAAAGGAAAAGGAAAACAUAGAGAAAGUUCCUUUGGUAUCCCAGGUUGAAAAGAAGCUUCUCGUUCUACCCUUGGAGGCUUCAGUGAUUUCUCUUUUCUUACUUGUCUUGCUGGGAGCAUUUUAUGUGGUUCAUUGUGUCUGGGCUGCAGCUGAGGCUUAUUCUGCCCCAUCCAUUGUCCUAACCUCUCGUUCCCAUGAUGGCCUUCAUGUCUUUGAUGACUUUAGAGAGGCAUAUGGUUGGUUGCGCCAUAACACUGAGGUGGAUGAUAAAGUUGCAUCUUGGUGGGACUAUGGUUACCAAACAACAGCAAUGGCUAACCGCACAGUUAUUGUCGAUAAUAAUACCUGGAACAACACACAUAUUGCAACCGUUGGAACUGCUAUGUCCUCUCCUGAAAAGGCUGCUUGGGAGAUAUUUAACUCAUUGGAUGUAAAAUAUGUUUUAGUUGUUUUUGGAGGUCUUGUUGGAUAUCCUAGUGACGACAUUAAUAAGUUUCUGUGGAUGGUUCGGAUAGGUGGAGGUGUAUUUCCUCACAUCAAGGAACCUGAUUAUUUAAGAGAUGGUCAGUACCGGAUUGAUGCUCAAGCAACUCCGACAAUGCUCAACUGCCUGAUGUAUAAACUUUCAUAUUACAGAUUUGUGGAGACAGAUGGUAAAGGUUUCGACCGGGUCCGACACACUGAAAUUGGGAAAAAGUAUUUUAAGCUCACCCACUUCGAAGAGGUGUUCACCACUCACCACUGGAUGGUUCGAAUAUACAAGCUGAAGCCUCCGAGGAACAGAACCCGUGGGAAGAACAAGAAAUUGAAAUCCAAAACAAGCUCUACGACGUCGAAACGGGGUAGAGCAACAAAGAGGAAUCCAUGGAGUUAAGAAGAAAGAGAUUUGCAAUUGCUUCAUUCCUAUAAUGAAUGAAUGAAUGUGUAUCAUCAUCGUCAUCAUCAAGGAAUAGAAAGAGAUGUAAGAUGUAAGGUAGCCAACGAUUUUGCUUGCAGUCUCACCUUACCUUACCUUACCUUUUUUGUCAUUUUAAUCAAUGUUGGGAUCAAUAGGCUAAUGGACGGACUAUAACAAUAUUCGAUUUGGUUGAGAAAUCAUCAUUAUCU